GAAGGUGUCAUCAGUGUUUCUCAUCUCCGAAAACUGAUUGGAUCAGGAACAUGACAUCGGGGUUUGACAGCUCUAGUCACAUCGUGAGUCAAACGAAAGCCGGGUUCCUCACCUUCUUUUUCCCUCCUGUUUUUCAUUAGAUAUCAUGGCCACCAUAGAAAUUAGACCCGCGACCGUUGAUGAUGUCGCCCUUAUUUUGGGAUUCAUUAAGCAACUUGCAGAAUACGAAAAGUUAGCUCACCAAGUCGUUGCCACCGAAGAAAUUCUCAGAAAGAACCUCUUCGGCGACCGUCCCUAUGCCGAAGUGAUUAUCGCUUACUGUCAGAAAGAUGAAAACGCACAGAAAGAGCCUGCAGGCAUGGCAUUGUUUUUCCACAACUUCAGUACAUUCCUCGGACGACCUGGUCUCUACCUAGAGGACUUGUUUGUCCUCCCUGAAUAUCGAGGCCUCGGUGUUGGCAAGAAGCUGCUCGUCCAGUUGGCUGCUUUGGCCAAAGAACGUGAAUGUGGACGUUACGAGUGGGUUGUCCUCGACUGGAAUGAGCCAUCGCGAAAGUUUUAUGAAUCGCUGGGCGCUGAACCUCAUGCUGAAUGGAUCAUUCAUCGUGUAGAAGGCAAAUCCCUGGAGGAUCUCGCCGCUUUAUAGACGUUAUGUUGGUUUCAUAAUUAUGUCAAUGUAUCAGGAUAUGGAAUAAAUAGAGUAUUACAUGUUUGUAACGUACACCGUAAUAAGAAGGAUCUUAAGCUUUUGAUGAAUAAACUGUAGUAGGAAUCCUUGCUUCCAAAACUGUGCAGAAAUAUCGAUUUAUUAGACAACGGUGACCAUGAAAUCGAAG